AUGGGCAAGAAAGUCUCCCCACUGGGGCAGCUCAGUGUCCGCAAAAGCGUAGUGGGCUUGACCAUAGGCGCCGGGGCCGUCUACCUGCUCUACAAGGCCAUCCGGGCUGGCAUGAGAGACCAAUCGCCCAUCUCCACCUCCUCGCCCACCUGCAUCGCCCGCCUGGCCAUCGAGCGAGAGCGGCACGGGGGGGACUCAGGUGAGCUCCGGAGGCUUCUCAACUCUCUGGAGAACAAACACGACGAGUACGCCAAGGGCAUGAUCCUGCACAACAUCACGCGCUGUGUGUACUUGCUGUCAGCUGAGGCCUCUGCUUGUACUCCUGAUGACAUCAUGCUCGUGGGCUCCAUGCUGGAUGACAAGGACAACAGUGUCAAAAUCCAAGCUCUGAACACCCUUAAGGCCUUCUCUGGCAUCAGGAAGUUCAGGCUCAAAAUCCAGGAGCACUUCAUCAAGGUCCUGGAGCUGAUAUCCACCAUCUGGGACUCGGAGCUGCACAUCGCUGGCCUCAGGCUCCUCAACAACCUCCCGCUGCCUGACUUCCUGCACCCACAGCUGCGCCGGGUGAUGCCCGCCCUGAUGGAGAUUCUCCAGUCGGACUAUAACCUGGCACAGGUGCAAGCCGUACGACUGCUGAGCCACCUGGCACAGAAGAAUGACCUGCUCUAUGAUAUUCUCAACUGCCACGUGCACGCCAACUUUCUGAAUCUGUUCCAGUCCAAACAAUCCGGGAGUCUGUUGUUCGAGGUACUGGUGUUUGCCGAGCGGCUGAGUGAAGGCCGGAAUACGCCACACUACCGCGCCGUGAAAUGGCAUUACAACGAAAAGUCUCUGCACGAAGCUCUCUUUGGGGAAAAGUCACGACUGGCUGACCGGCUGCUCGCCCUGGUCAUCCACCCGGAGGAGGAGGUUCAGAUCCAGGCCUGCAAGGUCAUAGUCAGCCUGCAGUGCCCCCAGGACAUAAGAGGGCAGUGCUCCUCCUGCUUUUCCCGUCAUUCCUACCUUAAGAAUGCGGAAUAA